AUGGCGGAGAGGAAAGCGGAGGCCAUUUUCCUCCAUGGUAAGAGAGCCAAGCCACCACAAGCCCAGAUCAGAGUAGGAACGCUCAGGGUUCCGAUAGAGGCCCAGAUGAAAUAUCUGGGCCUCAUCCUGGACAGCACUUGGUGCUUCAAGGAACAUAUAGGUCGCCUGGUCCCCCGACUCAAGUCAAUCUCGGCGAGAUUGGGCAGACUUAUGCCCAACAUCGGGGGACCGGGGCAGAAGGCCCGUCGCCUCCAUGUGGGAGUGUUAAACUCGGUCGCGCUUUAUGGAGCGCCAGUAUGGGCCGAGGCCCUGGCCGUCAACCGACAAAUGCGCGCACAGUUGCGCAAAGCGCAUAGAGUGGCGGUCAGGGUCAUCAGAGGGUAUAAAACUAUAUCCCACGUGGCGGCGACAGCUCUGGCGAGCAUGCCCCCUGGAGCUCCAGGCAUUAAUGUAUAA